AUGGAGGAUGACUUGUUUUCUACAGUUCUUUCAGAACUCAAAUCACUGGGUGUUAAAAUUCCGAAGAUAAAAAAGUUAAAGUCUAAUGUAUCGAAGCAGAACUCUCAAGAAAAAGCUACUGGAAAUGGUAAUAAAAUCUUUGGUGUAAAUCUUCAUGAUCAAGAGUGGAUUUAUGAAGAUGGCAUUGCUCUCCCAAAGUUUGUCUCACAAGCUACCAAAUACUUACGACAAUCGGCAUCAAAUGAAGUAGGCCUUUUUCGGAAAGGAGGAUCUAUAUCAAGGCAAAAAGAAUUGCGACUUAAGUUGGAGAAUGGAGAAAGCUUUGAGAAAUCAGAACCAAAUGAUAUUGCUUCCCUUUUAAAACAGUGGUUAAGAGAACUUCCAGAGCCUUUGAUUCCUGUAUAUCUUCAUGAAUUAUUUAUUAGGUGCCUAAGCCUUGAUGAAGAUAAUCAACUUACUGCUAUUCUUUUGUCAUGUCACCUCCUACCUGCUGAACACUUGCAAACACUGAAGUAUUUGCUGUUUUUUCUGGCAGAUAUUGCAGCUAAUUGCAAAAAAAAUAAAAUGGACUUUCAUAAUUUAUCUGUUAUAAUGGCUCCAAAUAUUUUUGUGAUAGGAUCGGAAACUAUUGACAAAUCAAGCAACAAUGUGGUACAGCUUUAUACAUCUUUAAUGCAAAUAUUAAUUGAAAACGCAGAAAAAGUUGGAGUUUUUCCUAAUGUGCGAGGAGCACAAAUAUGUAGUGAAUCGGAACUUUCUUCAGAUAUGUUGGAUCUCAGUCCUAAAUCUAAAAGGAAACGACGGAGUGGUAAAGUUCAAGAUAUAUUCAGCGGAAUAAGAAAACUGGUUGGACAAAAUCCAUCACCUGUUGCCUCAAGAAAAGAAACACCCGACAAGUCUCAAAGCAACCGAUCAUCUGUUUCCAGGUCUGCAUCUAAACGUAAAGCAGAGGGGGAUCAACAAUCAAUAUCAGCAAAAAAACAAGCUGUUUUAAGAACCGAAUGGAAAAAUUUUGCUCUGAAGUCGACACCAGAAGGCAAAACUCCAACUCGAGCUUCGUACAAAGAAGGAUCUCGCUCUACUGCGUCAAGUGCACGAAACAGCACAAAUUGCAAAAAAUCUGAAAAAGAACCUAAUGAGAUUAGAAGAAACAGCAGUCGUAAAGGCUCCAUUGUUAGAGGAAGACCAAACACUGUCAAAAGUGGCUUGCCAAGAGAUUUAAAUAUUCGUCUCAGCAAUGAAUCUAUGCUCUCUGCUGGUAAUAAAACUAAUAAAGAUGCUAGAAUUUCAUCUGGUAGUGAGGUUUCUCUGGAGUUUAAUACUGAAAAGAGUUUAUUAAAGGUAAAUAUUGCUUCUGAAUUAAAUGUAUCUGGGAAUAAUGAAGUAGGAUGUCUCCCUUUUUCACCAAUUACAUCCAAUAGCUUUUUCACUGAUAAUAGUUGUCUUAAAACACCUAAUGCUAAGAUUUGUGAUUCUAUUUUCAAAGAUGAAGAUUCCAAUAUAAAUCUGGAAAUGGAUGUAAAUCAAAACAGCACUGGAAGUAAGAGAUCUAAAAAAGGUAGAUUGAGGAUGUCAAGCAACUCUGAUAGUAAGAUUCGUCGAGGUAAAAAUAGUUUGAAAAUUAGCAGAACCAAUUCUUUUCCAAAUCCUGCGAAGAAUAAGUUAGAGUUAUCUAGCAUUUCGCAAGCUUUAAAUGAAGUGCUUACAAUUGAUAAUGCCAAAGAGAAUUUAAACAUUUCUUCGGAUUCCUGUUUCAUUGAUAAUAAGAAAAAGGAAGCUCCAGAAAAUAUAGAAGUAUUGAAAGAAAAUGCAGAAACUUGGGUGAGUGGGGAAAAGUUUCUAGAGAAGAUACAGCACGAGGAAGAAAUUUUUAAUAAAAGAGAAAGUAUAGCAAUGAUAUUGAGAAAUAAGUCAGGGCAUGUACAGGCAAAAGUAAGUUUAUAUGAUCGCCACGUGCGAAAUCCUACUCAUAGCACACCUAAUGCUAGCAAAGUUUCUACUCCUUUAAAUGUAUGUCACCGUACUUAUUCUCUUCGAAAUGAAAUUCCCCUUCAAAAUUGUACUCAAAAUCCUAACGAAUUGGUUAGAAGAAAUGCAUCCGAAAAUCGAAAAUUACAAAUUUCAAAUGGGUAUGAUUCAACUCCACGUUUCAAAAAUAAAACUAAGUCUAUUAAAACACCUUUACCCCCACCACCAAAGUUUAAUGACUGUGAUUUAAGUUUUGCUUCUCCUAUAGUAAGUUAUCCUUUGAAAGAAGUUACAAAUUUAAGCUCUAAAGUGGAAAAUUCUAUUGCUGAAAAAAGUGACUCUAUUACUCCAAUGAAAAUUAAAGAUGAAGACAUAUUUCAAACUCAAGAAGCUCCAAGUCCAAUAAAACAGAAAAGGAAUUCUUUUUCGGAUCGUGGUCCACAUAAAACAUUAAAAGUCUCACGAUCAGAAAGUUCUCCGGUGAUUUUUAAAAAGCGUAAACAAACGCCCAAACCAUGUGUGUAUAGAUGUUCAUCUUUAGCUAAUGCUCUGAAAGACCAAAGAGUAUCAUCUAACAAAGAACACUCUCUUGUGUUUGAAACCGGUAGUGCCUUAAGCUUUGAAAAUUUGAAGUCUGAUCAAAUGUUGGAUGAAUGGCAGUAUGAAAUGUAACAAUUUGUAUGUCUCAUAAAAUAUUUGGUAUUAACUGAUCUGAAGUGUUUAUUUUGUUACAUCUGUGAUAUAUAUAUUGAUCACUAGUUUGCACAAAUUUAUCUUUCUUAUUAAAAUUUCAAAUUAUUUUUUCAAGCUAGUUAUUCUUUUACUGUUUAAGAAAUACAUCUGUAUCUAAGAACUCUUUCUACAUAUUUUGAGUUCACAUGCCUUAGUUUGUCUUUUUAUUUUAUUCUUUUUUUUAAAAUAUAGUAUUUGAAAUAAUGAAUUUGUAAGAAAAUUAAUGUUUAUAUUUUUAAAUAUGAACACUAUGAGAUGGAAGUAGAAUAUUUAGUUUUUAAUAUAGAACCAUGUAUUUUUAAUGUGUGACAAAUUAAUAUAUUAUAUAGGUUUUGUCAAAUGGUUUGAGGUCUUCCUAUUAAAACUUUAAUCAUAUUUUAUAACUUGUUGCUUAAAAUUUCAUCAAUACUGUUUUAAAAUGUUUUCUUUUUAAAGAUAUUUUUCAAAAAUU